GGGACACCACGCCCCCCUCCCGGGCUUCUAGGUGACUGUCUGCAGGACUGAAGACGAGGAGCUCUGAGAGGCAAGACUUCGGUGAAUGGAGGGAGAGUCGGUCCGAGGCCAGUCCUGGACACUGAGGCUCGUUUACUCUCUUUCUCUGUCCCCGUGGUGGUGGUGGAGGAGGUGAGCGCUCUUUCAGCGUUAACCCCCCAUUUCUCUCCUCUUCCCUCCACCGCUCUAAACCCCCCCCCCCUCUUUCCCCUCCCCAAUCCCCUUGUCUUGCCUCCUCCUUCUCCUUUCCCUCGUCCCUCCUCCACUCUACAGUCCUGGGACUAGAGGCUAGUGGGGCCAAGAGCGAAGUGGGACAGUGGCGUAACGGGAAGAAAAAGCUUGUCCGCGAAGUCCCCCGCCACUUUCCGGCCUGGGGUCCGAGCCGUAGGAGUCUCUGCCUAGAGGGCCCAGCUGGCGGCCAGCCUCCCCGCUAGGAGGGCGGCAGCGCUCACCCUGCGCCGGGCUGGCCGGUAAAGAAGAAGGUAAAAUUCCCAAGUGAAGUUGAAUUCUGCAGUUUCUACUUCAAUUUGGAAAUUUCUGUAUAUGCAGAUAAGGAAACUGAGAUCAAGAAAAUUCAAGUGCCUUCCAUCAAAAUAAAUUCAUUCUGAUUGUUCAUGUUUGGUUAAAAGGUGUCAUUUUUUUCUGAAGCCAUUCACCUAGAUUUCCUGGUAUUUCUGUGGGAUGUUAAUAGGUGUGUGAUGUCAAAGCCGGCCUUGCUCGGGACCUCCCCCCGAAGACUAAAGCCGCCGGCCGUCAUCAUGCGCCAGUAUGACUGUUGACCGAGCCGGGGCAGCCAGCACUCCUCCGAGGAGCUGUCAGGGGAGGAGAAAGAAGGAAGUGGCUGAGCGUGUUCGAAGUCCGUGACUGAAUCAUCCAACCUCUUUAGAAGACUGCUUGGACCUGGCUGACUUGGGGAAGGCAGUGCUUGCCAGGGUUUCUUUCUGCCUUUGUUCCUGUACUUGUGGGGGGUUGUUUGUUUAUGCCAUUGUUUUUAACCCCCGCCUUCUCUUUUACAAUCGAUAUUAAGUAUUGGUUCCAAAGCAGAAGAGCACAGGAAAUCAGGGUUAAGUGACUUGCCCAGGGUCACACAGCUAGGACAGAUCUGAGACCAGAGUUGAACCCAGGACGACCUGGCUCUCCACUGAGCUACCUAGCUGCUGUGGUGUGUGUUUGUUACCUCCCUUGGAUUUCUGACUGUCUACUGCCUUGGACCUCAAUAUGUGUCAUGUCAUUGUCACCUGUCGCUCCAUGCUAUGGACUCUUCUGAGCAUUGUUGUGGCUUUCGCUGAACUCAUUGCUUUCAUGAGUGCAGACUGGCUCAUUGGCACGGCCAAAGCCUCCAGCAAUGCAGACAUGGACAACAGGACUGGGGGCUCCCAGCAGCCCUACCACCCCUCCUUGGGCAUCUACGCUCGCUGCAUCCGCAUCUCCCACAGGCACCAUUCCAAUCGGGACACCCUCUGUGGUCCCUAUGCCGAGAACUUCAGCGAGAUCGCCAGUGGCUUCUGGCAGGCCACCGCCAUCUUCCUCGCCAUUGGUAUCUUCAUCCUGUGUACGGUGGCUUUCAUCUCUGUCUUCACCAUGUGUGUGCAGAGCAUCAUGAAGAAAAGCAUUUUUAAUGUCUGUGGGCUGCUACAAGGGAUUGCGGGUCUAUUCCUUAUCCUAGGAUUGAUACUCUACCCUGCUGGUUGGGGUUCCCAGAAGGCAAUAAACUACUGUGGACACUAUGCGUCUGCCUAUAAACUAGGAGAGUGCUCCCUCGGCUGGGCCUUCUACACAGCCAUCGGGGGGACCGUCCUGACGUUCAUCUGUGCCGUCUUCUCAGCACAAGCCGAGAUAGCCACAUCCAGUGACAAAGUACAAGAAGAAAUCGAGGAAGGGAAAAACCUGAUCUGCCUCCUUUAAUAUGCGACGGCUAGAAAGACAGUGAGCGCAUGAGAGAUCAGAGUCUGUUCUUCCCUUAUUAACUUUGGAAAAGGAUCCACUUUCCAGUUUUCACCGAUUGUGACCGCCCAGGGCCUGUUUCUACUGAAGUCCUGGGUCAUUCUCCCAGGCCUCUGAGGAAUGAAUAGGAAGAAAUAGUCCUUCUCAGAGAAGCUGGACGCCGGCCGCCGUUGGGGCGAGGUUGGGGAGGGAGUUUGGAAGCGUGUAAAUAGCCAUAUAAACUGUGUCCAGUAACUGACAAAUGCUGUCAUUGUUCGAGUGCCUCUUUCCCAGAGCUCUGGAAGGAAUCUGAGUUAAGUAAUAAAGCCAGCAGUCCUGAUUCUGGACAGGACGAGACAGGAAACUAGGUUGGGAGCAUCAAACGGGCUCCUCUCUUGGUUUCGAGACCUUCUUCUGCCACCAGUUUAGGACCCUGAUAUUAAGAAUAUUCAUCAGAAUGAGUUUGGGGGGUUGUCAUGACUCCGGCUUUGCAGUCUGUUUUCAAAUGCAUCGCAGGGUGAAAAUAAAGCUACACUCGUUCCCCAGAGGGGAGAACCAUAGAUGUUGAAGGGAAAGCAGAAUAUUGUUCCUGGGUCAGGGCACUCACCUUCCUUGGGUACUGAGCCAAGAGAGUGUGGGUGAUGUUGCCCUUGGGGUUGCAGCCCUUUGUGAGCUACCCUCUGUGAAAAUUCCAGAUGGACCAAAAGUCAGUGUGGGAUUGUAGAAAUUGGGUCAAGAUUGUCUUACAACCCAGCGGAAAUGAAGUUGGCACCCUUGAUCUUUUCCCUGUGGGCCACUGACCUAUGUCACUAUUUUUCACACUCCAAGCAUUUAUUAGUGAGCAUCUGAGGCCAAAAUCAGAUCACAUUCCUAGCCUUUUUUUUGGUCAGAUGCCUCUCUGGACCUGGCCAGUCUGUCACCAGGCCUGUACCCAAAGCCUUUCCAGCUUUGUAGGGCUUGCCCAAGUCUAGUGGCUUGACUUUGGAGAAAGAACAGGGUCGCCUCUGCUCUUAGAAGCUUCAGAGUAGGAUUGAAGAGGUCGUUAGCUUUGCAAUUAGAGAUAAAUGCUUUUCUUUCCUGAAUAUAGUCAGACUAGCCUGGUGGGGCCAGCAAGUCCUGAGCCUGUCCCAGUUUCCAGUUCAAAUGCAGAUCAUGUGUUUUUCUCCCGGUGUCAGGACUUGGCUUUGACUGCCAAGGGAAGCUCAUUCCCUUUCCUCAUUCCAGAGACUGAUGUCCCAAGGCCAAAUGUGGCCCAUUCAGAUGCUUCACUAAGAAGCCCUGCCAAAUUCUCAGCGUUUGUGGGGAGACGCUUUUCCCACUGUUUGUUCACCACGUUGCCGUCAGCUGUAUUUCUAAAUCCAGCAGCAGCAACAACAGCAGUAGUUACCACAACUGACAUGCUUUGCAAAGGAAAGAAAAAGGACAGCUAGUCGUGUGACUCGAGUUUUUCUAGGCAUAGAAACUCUUCUGAGGGACAGACUUAAAGAAGAUGAAAUAACUAUAAAUGAAGGAAUGCUUCCCUGGAAGUUGUAGUUUUGAAGAGUCAGUGAAUCACCCUACAGAUGCCCCAUCCCUACAAAGGGUGCACAAACCAACGCAGAUUCCUUCUUCUCUCUGGAGAAGCUCUGCCCACCUCGGAAAGUGCCUUGGGGACCAGAAAGCACACCAGCGUUCCCAGCCAUUCUGAACUUUAAUUUCUAAACCAUAUUCAGAAUGUUCUUCUCCAAACUACAGUCCCUGGUUUAUAGGAACGGAAUCUUCAUUUAUGCUACUCCGUGUUCAUGAAUUAGCCAAAUCUACGUGUCCGGAAUUUAGGGAAAGGGGGUUUUAGUGAAAUGUUUGAUGGCUGUUAACUUUUUUCUAAUGCUUCAGAAAAUCUCUGAAAUCAAAUUGACUCACAAAUCCCAAGGAAUCCAUCAAAGAGACCAAGAGAGAUGCAUCUUUAUUUUUGUUUUCUUGCAGCAACCUCUCCGCUGGGAGCACAGACUUGGUUAGAAAACAGCUGUAGCCCUAGUAGUCUGCUUAGCAGCAUUUUUUCUACUCAGUUCAGCAAACCCAAUUUGUGUGUUUUCCUUUGGAUCUUUUGUAUUAGAACCCUUGGGGAAACUGGUGAUUGUCUUGGGGGAUACAUAUUCCUGGUCCAGUUCCCCAUCGUGGUUUGAAGAUGAUCCUUGGUUCUUGAGGCUCUAUUAUAUCAAUUCGAUUUAAUAAGCAUUAAGCUGCUAUUGUAUGCCAGACACAAAAUCAAAAAAGAAAACUGUCCUUGCCCUUAAGGACCUACUUGAAUACAAGCCCCACGAUGGUCUCGGUAUUUCUAAUUGCAGAGAUGAUCAUCACCAAAAGGCUGUGGAUGACUGGUGAUCGCUUAUGGCCACAACCAUCAUGGAUCAAAAGUGGUUAAAGGACAUUAGCUCUUGGGUCAUAGUACCUUGUUUGUAUAAUAUAGUAGAGUCACCAGUAUGGCCUUGGACCAUUUCUGGUAGACCAUUUCCUCAUCUGCACAUUGAAAGGGUUAGAGUAGAUGCCUUUUAAGGUCCUUUCCAGCUCUAGAUCUAUGAAUAUUUUCAUCAAUAGCUCUCAAAAUCAUUGAUUAGAAGUUGGAGAGGAAAGAAGAUCCGGCAAAUGAUGAAUCAAACAAAAAAAGGAAGAUCACCUCAAAUAAUAAAUGAAUUGAAAAUCCAAAAUCACCAAACAGAAUUGUUUUGGGGUAGCCUGAAAAGAUGACAGAGCCAAGUUCAUGGAGGAAAGUAUGAGAACCAAAAAAAAAGAUGAUUCAGGGCUCUGAAGGGAGGAAAGGCCUUUUUCUUGGGGGGGGGGGGGUCUUCACCAUUUUGUUUUACCCCAAAGCUGCUGAAACACCAUAUCUCCAAGCUUUAGAAACUCUGUCCAAGGUAUGAGGUCUUGCAGGAGGAAAUAGGAUAAAAUCCUAAGUUUCAUCUUAGGUAACUGUGAUCUCAGGUAACGUGAGUUCUGUAAGGGUUUCAUCCUAUUUCCUGUAACCCAUCACCCUCUGCUCUCUUCUAUUAAAACACCACCCCCCCAGUAAGUUUCAGACUCCUGGGAGAUUUUGAUCUCUUGCACCUUUGGAUGUGCUCCCAAACUUGAGCUUUAUAAGACUUUCUCUAGGAGCCACUUUAAAAGCUACAUAAUCACCACUAGCUCUUACCUUUGACCCGUGACUGUAAUCUCUUGUGAAUGCACACACCUGCCAUAGUCUCAGGUUGGCCUGACCUGACUUUCCAGGAACCACCUUGAGCUAAAGGAUGGAAGCCAACUCUGAAGCUCAGAGAGAAAGAAUGUCAAGGGCUUCUCUUCCAACCACUGGUUCCCACUUUGACCUAUGUCCAAAGUAAGUAAACUCUAAACCCUGUGACUCAGUGAACAGGGAGAGACAGUAUUAAACUUGUUGAUUCGGCUCCCUUUUGAAGACCAGAUUCUCUAUCUCAUUUGGUGGCCUCCACUAACAGCUUGGAAUCUUUAACUGUAUCUGUUAUCACAUAGUAUCCGAGGGUUAAAGAAGGCUCUAGGGAGGACUGAAGUCCAGGCUUGUGUAAAUGUUCUGACCCUAAAGUUUCUGUGUAGGCACAGAACCCAGCUUCAGCAUUUGCUCAGUUACCGUUUUAUUCACUAAGCAAAGGUCUUUUCUUGAUUCCGCAACAAAAUGUUCCCACACCUGUUUUUCCCUCCUUCAUUUCGACCCUCAAGAUGACCUCAAACUCCUUUUUAAAGUCCAACUAACUUCUAUAGGCUAAAAUGGCUUCAAGAACCAAAAUGGGCAUCGUAUCAGCUUCUUCAACUGUGUGGCUGUUGUUGUCUUUGACCGUAAGAAUGGUGCUGUCCGUACAGAAUUCUCUUCCCAACAAUUACAAGUAAAGAUGUUAAUAUUUGUGACCAGAACCACUCUCCCCAGCCCCCAAUUAAUUCCACUAGUUGCAUCUUGUAGGAUUUUCUUAAAAAGUACCAAGAAAAUGAAACCACUAAAAAGCAACCCGGCACUGAAACAAAAAAAAAAAAACAGGAAGGAAAUCUAUGAGGUGGGCAAAGGGUAGUAAAGAGGAUUAUCAGCCCUUGAAGGCGUUGUGUAUACUCAACCAGAUAAAAGAGCAUCCAUCAUCCGCCACAAUACCGCUCUCUCUCUCUCCAACAAACUUCCCCAAAUUGUGUUGGUUUGGACUCAGGUUAUUCCAAAGAGCUCUUUAAAAGCCACUCAAUAUAGACACUAUGCAGGGAAGAAAUGCAGAUGUUAGCUGCUAAUUCAAAGCUCAUGCAUUUUUCUAGCAGGCAUCAAAAAAGAUAGUAAUAUUCCUAAUACAUUUCAGCCAACCAUCUCAUAUUAUUAUAUUGUAAUGCGCGUGGAUUUUUGCAGCAUUACCAGGAAAUUCAUAUUUAUUUCUGCCUAAGUCUCAGCUCUGGGCAAAAUUAGAACGUGUCAUGAUAACGCCAAGAGGACUCUGAGGUUCCAGGAAUGUUUGCCAGUGGUUCUGUGGAUUCUUUAAACCUGUGUGUUAACUCAACGGUGUAACAUUCUGACUUGGGGUGGGAGGGGGUAUUUUGUAUCAAUUUUAAAUCUGUGGUUUGAUAAUCUUUUUUAAACAUGUACUCAGUAAAGUGCCAUAGUCCUUUUUUUUGAAGUGUAGCAUAUUUAAGAAUAUAUAUGUAUGCGUGUAUGUGUCUAUAUCUGUACACACACACACAAGUCUGUGAGAGAUGUGCAAUAACGAAGGCGUAUGUUUUGUUUGAAAACUGGAGGAAUUGGAAAAGGGUGGGUGGGGAGUGGGGGAUCCUCCUGUUCAAAGCAAAGGAGAGCUAGGAAUGUAGGAUUUGGCCUCUGGACCCCUGGCGAUCCCGACGCGCUAUAGAAAACUUAGCCAGAGAGAAAAUGAGAAGAAACUUGAUUGUUGGGGGAAGGCGAAUCUCAGCCUAUAAAAUCACUAGACUUUUGGGGGGGAAAGUUAAGCCUGGGAAGCCAGGCCCAAUUUUUUGCUAGCCUUUAAUUUGAAAUGUGAAGCUGCCGUGCUGCUUUUAUGUCAGGCUAAUCUCUAGUAGCAGAUAUAUAGAUGGGUAGAUAUAUAAUCACCGAGAAGCUUAUUUCUGAAUAUGCUUUUUUUUUACACUUGUCACCAAGGUGGGACCACUGCUUCGAGGCUGUUUUCACACAUCUUCUUCGCCAUAGUAGUCUUGCUUUGUACAGGCAUUUCUGUGCAAUAACCGUGUGGGGAAUUUGGGAUAAAUCCCUGGCCUGGAGUUACACAUUUCUCUGUGGGAGUGAUGACUCCGUAAGACCAAAGGGAUGGAAGGCAAGACUAGGGUUUCCUGGGAGAUCGAGGAGAAACUCCCCACUGGCCUGGGGAGAGGGCGAAAGUGUCCCCGGUGCCCUAUGGUAUUCAACAGCCACUUGAGCCAAAUAGAAAUAAAACUGUGCUGAAGGACUUAGUUUGAGCCAGUGAUCAUUUGUGGUACUCCUGUUGUGUUCUCGACUAACUUGUUUUUCUAGCAUUGCCUAGGUUCCUGUGCACAUGUAUUUACCUUCUUUCCCACUCCCCAAAGAUCUGAAUUAAACCAGUCUGUAUAAACCCA